AACGAACAAAGACAGCAAUAGGUGGUGGUGAGUCAGUGGCAGAUUUAUCCGCCAAUAGCCUAUCCAUCCAUCCACUCAACCAAACUACAUCGCCACAUCUAGACCUUCCCAGAUCCAACAACUCUAUAAAUCCCCCAUCCUCUCCCAUUUCCAUGUGAAUACCCAACACCAGGAAUACUUACUUGCUACCACCAAAAUGCCUCCGAAAACCAUGCGCGCAAUCCAACAACCAAACGCCCACUCCCAAUCCCUCAUCCUCACCACCCUCCCCACCCCAACCCCAUCCCCAAACUCCUCCGAACACCUCAUCCGCGUACAAGCCGUCGCCCCCUGCGCGGGCGAACUCCUCUGGCCCCCUCUCUUCCCCCCCUCAUCCGGGCCCCGCGUGUUCAUCCCCUGCCCCGACGUCGCAGGGACAGUGGUAAGCGCCCCACCAGACUCGCCAUUCCGCCCAGGGGACGCGGUGUACACGCGCGCAAACUACGCCCGCAAUGGCGGGGCCAGCGAGUAUACGCUUCUCGCGACGGAGGAGCUGGCGCAUCGGCCUAGGAAUGAGCUUAGCUGGGCUGGUGUGGCGGCGAUACCGCUAUCGAGUAUGACGGCGUGGCAGGCGCUCUUUGAGCAGGCGGGUGUUGGGAGUCUGGAGAGUGGAGCGUGGAAGGGGAAGAGGGUGCUUGUUACCGCUGCGUCGGGGGGUGUAGGGGCUUGGGUGGUGCAGUUGGCGAAGCUGGCGGGGGCGAGCGUGGUGGGGACGUGCGGGCCGGAUAAUUUGGGGUUUGUGAGCGGGUUGGGGGCCGAUGAGGUGCUUGAUUAUCGGAGUGUGGAUUUGAAGAGUUGGGUUGCUGCUGAUGAUGGUGGGAGGAAGGUGGAUGUUGUGGUGGACUGUAUUGGACGCAAGGCGUUGGCGGAUGCGUGGUGGGCGCUUAGAGAGGGGGGCAUUGUGAUGAGUAUCUUCCAGCCGCCGGGGGAUGUGCGGCCGCAGGAGUGUGAAACGAAAGAUGUCAAGGAGGUGUUCUUUAUUAUGGAGCCUGUUGGGAAGCAUCUUGAAGCUAUCACCAAGCUGGUGGAGGAGGGAAAGUGUCGCGGGUUUAUGGACAGCGUGUGGCCGCUCGAGCUCUUCCAGGAGGCGUUCAAGCGAGUGGAAAGCGGACAUGCCAGGGGGAAGGUCAUCAUUGAUUUCGGACUGAAUCAUUAGUUGGUUAUUUGAAUAAUUGUAAUGAUAUCGAUAUGGUUGGCACUCGAAUGCAGAACGAUAACCCGCGAUAUAUUCAAUACUAAAUAUUACAGCUAACGACCCUCCUUCUCAGCAUCCAAGACAAAGAUAUUCUCGUAGCCCUUCUCAACAACCUCAUCGUCGAUAAUCAGCACCGCCACAAAGGCACCCCCCUCCUGGGUGUUGUUCUCACAGCGAACGUGGUGGCACCCGGGUGCUUCAUAGAAGAUCUCCCCCGGCGACGAGAUAAGCGGGUCAUUGUUGUUCAUCUGGUUGAGGAGAGUCCCCUCGGUCACAACAGCAACGAUGGAGGCGCCGCUGUGCGUGUGAGGCGGCGAGGCAGCGUUAGGGCCCAGCCUGAUCUUGACCACGACAAUCUGCUUUCCGGGGAGGUUGGAAGGGUGGAAGACAUUGAGGACUGUGACCUCCUCGCGGGG